CUACCUCAAGACACAUAUUCUGGCUGUGGGAUUUCCCAGAGUCUAUGAAUGACAGAGAACAGAGAUUCCUAAUGGGCAGACGAGCAUCUUACAUAUAGUUCAAGGACGCGGCCCUACAGCCUAACCUACUGUGGCUGGCUGUCCAAUCUAUGCACAGACGAUCUGGGAUCGGGAUGAUUUGAGCGCAGUGGAUAUGUAGGGAGCCGGCAGCAAAGGUGCGCUAAGGCCUCGGCUGACUGUCCCUUGGGCUUCUCAAAGAGGCAAUACGUGGCGGUUGUGCAUAUUACGAGGGACUUGGGAUCAACGCCGGGUGGACCAAUGCAGUGGCCCCUUGCAACGGAGCUUUGGAAGCUGGGCACAACAAUGCUGUGUCAAUGACGAAGAAGGGAAUGGUAUCUGCUGUUAUAGGAUGCCUUUUGUUGGUGAAGUCGAGGCAUGCCUGGCUUGGGGACAAGAAGCCAGGCGGGAAAAGACGGAGAGGCAAGAAAAGGGUAGAAUUGCAGGUGGCUGGCUGGACGAGUCAUGUUGUGAUGGCAUGUCUUGGUUACGGAGUACGAAGCAAUAAGACAAGCCAGUAAGAACCACGACGCUGUGCUAAUACGAUUUUACCGGCCGGGCCCGGUACCGACCCCAUGGCGAUCUUGAACAGGACGAAGAUCCCAAGUACGAGUAGGCAGUUUACUAGGUGUGAGGUAGAGAUGGGAUCGAAGUUUGAUUGCGGACAGUCGUGGCAUUUCUCUUGGACAGUCUAUAGUCUAUCUGGUAUACUUCGGAAAUACUACGUACCAAACCGC